AUGAACACCACUUCUACUCUUCUUCCAAGCCAGCAUUCUCGCUCGGCCUCAGUUGCUGCUUAUGAUCCUAGUUCUGGUUCAAUUGCUUCGUCUCGUGGAGGCUGCCGGCCGGCAUCGUCUGCUGGUCCAAGAUCGUCAUCUGGAGGAAUUUCCCAUCAUGGGAACAAGCCUUCAAAUGGUGGCCGCGGCCCGCUGCCUGGAUCCAAAGGAUUUCAUCGGAACCAUUCAGGACCUUCGCGACAACAGUUUCGAAAUAGUUCCAGAGGAGGAUAUCGGUCAUUCUAUGGAGCUAGCAGCCGGUCAUUUUCUCAAGGAUCGCACAUGGCCGAGUACAUGUCUAACACCUUACCGGAUCUUUCUACUAGUGCUGUCAUGAGACCAGAUUUUCGCCAAGACCAGGAAUUCCAAUCAGGAUUCAAUCGGGAUGGUCCCCUUGACUACUACAAUUCCCGUCAGGAUUUCGGUCAGGAUGGUCGCCCGGAUUUACUGCAGGACCCUAGUCAGUUCAGUCGUGAUUUUCGUCAUGAUUUCAGUUGGAACAAUCGAGAGUCACGCAUUUAUUUCAAUAGAUAUUCUCGUCAGGGAUUCAAUCAGGAUUCCCGAGUAGAUUUCAAUCAAGAUUACCAACAAUUUUACCAACAGGGAUUCAACUUUAGUUAUCCUCGGGACUCUGGUUUUCCAGAAGAUGCCAAUAAUGGUCUUCUACAAGAAAUCAAUAAUGGAAAUCCUCAUGACACCAACAAUGGAUUCCAUCGUAACGUUGGUUCGGAAUACCAAGCGGAGUUCAAUUCUGAACCAUAUCUGUAUAACUCAUUCUACUUCAACCAGCGCGUUUAUAAACCGCAAGAAAUAAAGCCACCUUCCUACAAGCCGGAAUUUCCUAAGAAUAUUGUUCCUGAGGACGACGACAACGAUCUUCCGGACGACUCUUUAAAUUAUGAGCGGCAGUUGGCAGCUAAUGCAGUUGUGGCCACCAAGGAGGUAUUUGAGCUUUAUGAAGAAAUGGAAAAACAGUUCGAAAAAUCGAAGACGAAAGAUCUUCUCGACCUCUUUGAUGAAUCCAAAAUUGAGCCGUGUGUUCUACAAAACUUGAUUGCUCUGAACAAGGACAAGAAGCUGUCAAUCUGGGGAGCUCAGCAAAAUGCGCUGUUGGAUGUUAACUACUCUGCAAAUCCAUUUGGUGGCAACAACUCACCUGACGUAUCGUUCAACGAGGCUAGCUUCAUGUUUUCUCCUCCAACGACAAGAGAUAAAGUUCCACUCUACGAUCGCUACGUGCCAACUCGUUUGAAGUAUCCGUGCCCAAACCCACAUUGCUUCACGUGCAAUACAUUCCUUCGUCGUAUUCCGCCAAAACCAUGGUAA